CCCUGGAACACCUACUCAAACUGUAACAGACACUCCAGCAGCUAGAACGUUCGGUGAACAGACCAGUGCCCACGAACAAAUGGCCACAUGCCACAACCUGUGUCGGUUGGUUUAUUCGGAUAUGAAGAAGCUCGGACUGAAGGGGCGAACAGUUACCUUGAAGCUCAAAUUCACGGACUUCAAAGUGAUUACGCGUGCGUCCAGUUUGACCGAUCCCACACAAUCGCUGACUGUGAUAUCGGCUGAGACCAUUCGCUUGCUUACCAAGGAGCAAACUCGUGGUGGCAUGCUGAAGCUGCGACUGUUGGGAGUGCGCAUCACCCAUCUGGCGGAAGUGAACGAUUCAGAGAGCCACACAUCCGAGAACAUUCCGGUGCAGAAGAACAUCACAUCGUACUUUGGGAACCGACAAAGCUUACGCAGGCAGCAGGUAUCAGGGGGAAAUACUCUGAAGAAUACCUUGGCUGAUGUGGGUAUGGACGGUGUUCGGAAUAACGGUAUGGUGAGCGAGGAUAGCGGUACGACUUAUGAUAAUGCAAGCUCUGGUCAUGCAGUUGGGACACGCGAAAAUGCAGACAGGAACCGUACUGCUAGUCCCGGUAUUGUCAGUGGUAAUACCGGUAUCACCAGUAUCGGCCAGGAGAUCGGUGUUAACCCUCUGAACAGUGCCGAUAUGAAAUGCUGUGAGCGUCCCGAUAUUGUCUGGAUGAACUAUAGCGAGGGGGGUCCGUGUGGGAAUGGUUUGGUACGUGAGAGUGGGGUGGAAGUUGGCUGCGGUGAUAGUAGAGUGGUUGAUGCGAAGAAUUCACAUACAUCAUCAGGAGUGGAAGUUUUAAUACAGGAUAAACUAACAAAUGAACCAGGCGUGGGAUAUUCUGAAGGGAGGGUGGGUGAUGUAAUAAAUAGUCGUGAUACGACAGAGCGAAUGCAAGACUGUGAAACUCGUGGCGGAACAGAUAAUGAACUUGUAGGUACCAAUAAGCUGGCUCGUGCUCGUGCACCCGCUAACAUCUCCAAACCAUGCGACAGCUGGGCUCUGGAUGAGAGGGGAGGGUUGUUUGGGGAUGGAGUAGAGCGGUUGAAGGAAGAAGUAAGCAACAGUGCUGACAAUAAGAAGACAUUCGAGAAAUUACGCCAUCGUUAUGGUAUUGAGGAAUAUAUGUGUGACAGCACUCGGGUUAAUAUUGAGAGGACAAGUGGACCUAGUAGAACUGUGAAGGCUGUGCCUGUGAUAGCUCCUUCGGGUUCUUCAAAUGAUAAAAAUAAGAAUACAGGUACGACUACAGAGAGGCACGCGAUUAGAGACGAAUCCAGUUUUGAGACAGACGUCCAGAGAAUAGCAGUCAACUCAACACCUAUAGAUCAUCGCCCGAGAGACAUGGAGGAUAUUCGCGAACAUCUUGGGAAGUGUACUGAAAUCGGAGGAAGCUGUCAUGAUAGUGAGGGGGUGCGUAUCGGAACCAAAGACGACAGUGCAACCGCUAUAGCGAGCUAUGGUGAAGACCAUACUCAGCAGGGGCAGGGAGAGCUGUGCGACCCCACCCACACAAUCAGUGCUGGCAACAUGACUAGUGCAACUGCUGAAGCUACUAAUACCAUCGUCAAAGGUACAAUAGCAGAUUCAAGUUUAGGUGAAAGUGUAUGUGAAAGUGUAUGUCUAGAUAGUGAUGUAAGUAAUAAGGAGAUGAGGACGAAUAGUAGGGAUGAUAGUCCUACUCUAGACGGGAAAGGGUUGUCUGUGUCUGCUAAGAAGCGCAAGGGAACACAGCUGGAGCGGUGGCUAGCGUCUACGGCACGAGAUGCAUGUACACGCACGUCCCUCAAAGGCACGCCUUUGGUUGCGAGUACAAAGUUGCCUGGGAGUGUGCUUAGAGGUGUGGGUGCGGGUAGACACACAGUAUCUGUGGGUGCGAAGAAAAGAAAACCGACGAGUUUAUUUGAGGCGACCAGUAAAUCUAAGAAAUACAAGAACACAGGUAAGCUGAGGGCUGUGCAUGAUGGUGCAGGUACGUUGGCGAGGCAGAGGUCUUCGAGUUCUUGGAAACAUGCACAAGCAAGUACACCCGAUGGACUGGGGAUGCCCAAGCACAGGCCAGCAUCAGUAGAACGGGAGACCGUGCCGUGUCCGAUUUGUGGGGCGGAUCUAUCGGCCCAGGACAACAGUUCUGUAAACCAGCACAUUGAUUUGUGUUUAAAUCGAGAUCAGAUAUAUCUGCACCCGCCGUGA